CAUCAGAGCUCAAAGCUUCAAGUGUUUGGUGCUCAUUACACACAUGCUUUGCUAAUGCAGUAAUUCACGCUAUUGUACGUUCGCCAAACGUGGGGCUAUUCGUCAAGUUGUUCUAUAACGACGCAUCAAACUAAUUAGCAGCACAAGGUAAAAGUAAAGAAAGCACAACAUGAGUGCACCUGGCCCCAAGGCCCAGGAUGUGCUUCCGGCACCAGAGGAGGUCAUUGCAAGUCGCGCAGGCGACGUGCUAAUUAAGCACACGACGCUUAAGGCAGACCAUUUUCCAAGCUGUCACAACACCAAGCUCGUACCUAUCAUAGACGGCGCUCCCAAUUUCCGCCAGAUCCCCGGCGUGCCAAUGUACGGAGUGGCCAUUCCAACGGUCACCGGUGUCCGAUCGGCGCUCAAUGCUGUUGGUGCCAACAAAGGCGCCCGCAAGGUGUACUGGCAGAACCUGCGCGAGGAGCCGCUGGUGUUCAUCAACGGACAGCCCUUCGUGGUUCGCGAGGCGGACCAGCCCUUCUGCAAUCUGGAGUACACGGGCAUCGACAGGAGCCGAGUGGAGGACAUGGAGAGGAGGCUCAAGGAAGACAUUCUCCGCGAGGCUGCGCUGUUCGGCAACCGCAUCCUGGUGAAGGGCGAGAACGAGGACCUCUCGCUCUUCGACAGCUGGGAGCCCGUCACGGCGGCGGACGUGCAGACGCCCAACGAGGUGUACGCGGAGCUGCGGGCUGACGGCUACCACAUCAACUACCUGCGGAUUCCCAUCACGGAUGAGAAGGCGCCCAAGGACUCUGACUUCGACAUGCUCAUCAGCCGCAUGUGGCCGCACCUGGGCACCUCCGCCUUCAUCUUCAACUGCCAGAUGGGCCGCGGGCGCACCACCACCGGCACCAUCAUCGGCACCCUGCUCUACCUGCGCAAGCUGGGGGCCUUCCCAGCUGCAGGGGCAGCAGGGGCGGGGGCGGGAGCAGCUACCUGCCCAGCUGCUGCCGCCGCCGCGGCCAUCCCCGCCUGGUUCCCAGCCGCCCUGGCCGCCGCCCCGCCGGUGGGGGAGCAGACGCGGGACAAGCUCAAGUGGGGGAUGUACGACGUGGUUCGCAGCUUGCUGAGGGUGUUGGAGAACGGCGUGGCGGGCAAGGCGGUGCUGGAUGCGGUGAUCGACCACUGCAGCCAGAUGCAGAACCUGCGGGAGGCCAUCGGCUCCUACCGCAGCCGCUUCCUGAAGGAGAUGCGCGAGCGGCAGAGGGAGUCGGUGCUGGCAGUGUGCCUGGAGUACCUGGAGCGCUACUACAUGCUCAUCGCCUUCGCCUCCUACCUCUACUCGCCCGCCUUCAACCCGGAGCUGCCCACGCAGGCCAGCUUCGCGGACUGGAUGAGCUCGCGACCCGAGCUCAGGAGUAUCCUGAUGCGCCUGCUCCGCCGCAACUCCAUGGCAGCUCUGGACCUGCAUGUGCCCGCGGAGGUGGCGGCGGGGGGGGUGCCGCCCUCCCUGCUGCUGGGGGGCGGGGCCGGCGGCAGCAGCGGGGCUGUGGCGGGGCCGGCGGCAGGGGGCAGCAGCAGCGAUGUGGUGGCGGCGAGGAGCGGUGCAGUGCUGGGCCCCUUCACCAUCCUCAAGGAGGACCAGUUCCCCGGCAUGCGCUCCCCCAAGAUCCCGCAGCCCAUUGAGGGCGCGCCCAACUUCCGCGGCCUGCCCGGCAUGCCCAUCUUCGGAGCGGGCAUGCCCUCCAUUGAGGGCAUCGUGGCGGUGCUGAGGGUCGUGAGCGGCUCCACCUCCCCCACCGCCUCCAAGCGCGUGCAUGCGCUGUGGAUCAACAUGCGGGAGGAGCCCGUCGUGUACAUCAAGGGGCGGCCCUUCGUGCUGAGAGAGGAGCGCCGCCCCCUGAAGAACAUGGCGGAGUACGCGGGUAUUGAUGCGGAGCGGGUGGCGCAGAUGGAGGAGCGGCUGAAGCGGGAUGUGCUGGCGGAGGCUGAGAAGUUCGGCGGGCGCAUCCUGCUUGCCUUCGAGGCGCAGGACAGCGGACACCUGGGCGAGCUGAGCGACGUGUGGGAGGCCAUCGAGGGGCCGCAGGACGUGAUGACCAGCGCCGAGGUGUACGGCGCUCUGGCCAGCCAGGGGUUCGCGGUCAAGUACUUCCGAGUGCCGGUGACGGAUGGCACCUCGCCGUCGGCGGGUGACUUCGAGUCCAUCCUCCGUUCCAUCCUGGACUGGGGUUUGGAGAACCCGGUCAUCUUCAACUGCCAGCUCGGCAUCGGCCGUACGACAACCGGCAUGGUGAUCGCCGGCCUGGUGCACCUGUACUCCACCGGGUCGCUGGCAUGCGGGGCCGCGACCCAUGGGUCAGCAAUUGACGGCAUGGAUGAUGAGGCCUUCCACCGCUUCAUACUGGAGGGUGUGAGUCCCCGCAGUGACGCCGAGGAGGAUGCGGACGGCGAGCACCGGGACGAGGAGGACGAGCGGGAACCCAAGAUCUGGGACCUGAGUCCGGAGGAGUUGGAGCUGCAGCGCUCUCUGGCGGGAGGUGGCUACGUGGGGGUGCGCAGGGUGGCCCGCUUGCUGGAGGAGGGGGACGCCGCCAAGGCGGUGGUGGAUCAGAUCAUUGAUGCGGCCUCCGACGUUAUCAACCUGCGGGUGGCAAUCAUGAAGUACCGCAAGCCCCGCAGCUCCUACAAGUACAUCCGCCCCGAGAUGCAGCAGCGCCACGCGGCCUUCAAGCGCGGCUCGGCAUACCUGCAGCGCUACGUGCAGCUGAUUGCGUUCUCCUCCUACCUGGAGCACGUGGGGCCGGAGAGCGCAUCCUUUGUGGACUGGUUGGCAGCACGACCCGACCUCAAGGCUGCCUUUGCCGCCAUCCACGACAACCCCGGUGCCGCGUUGGAGCCCGUUCCCGUGACCAAACUGCCAUCCGUGUACAAGGGCAUGGUGAGCGAGGACGGCGGCGAGGGCGGUGUGGUGGACCAGCGAGCAGUGCUCUCCCGGCGCAAGGGGCGCACCCUAACCAAGCGCACCAUCCUCAAGUCCUACCAGCUGCCCCCCGCAUCGGCUGAAGAGGGGGAGGAGGAGGGGGAGCUGCUGCCACAGCAAGUGCGAGCAGGACCCUUCCCCGUGCUGUGCGUGGGCAACGUGCCCUCCUCUGAGCUCGCCGCGCUGCUCCGUCACCUGGGCGCCGCACCCCCACCGGAUUCCGAGUCGUCCUCUCGGCGCCGUCACAGUCACCGUCGUACGGCACACGUGGUCAUAUCCGAUGUACGAGAGGAGUUGGUUGUGUACGUCAACGGAGUGCCGUACAUGCGUCGUGAGCUGGAGAUGCCGGCUGCCGCCAUGCACCAUGCGGGUAUCCAUGCGGCUCAGUUACAGGAGCUGGAGCAGCUGCUGAAGGAGGAUGUGCAGGACGAGGCGGCCCUGUGGGGUGGCCGCGUGCUGCUCCACCGGGAGCUAGCCGCCCCCGCCGCCGCCGGUCCCUCAGGAGCCUCCCCGGGCAAGCCCAGCGGCGGCAGCGGAGCUCCCUCCGCUGCCACCUCCCCCGGCCCCGCGCCUGCCGGCACCAGCGACUCCUCCGGCGCUCCCGCUACCAUCACCGCUACUACCACAACCACAAGCAGCGGCAAUAACAGCAGCAGCAGUGACAACGGUAAAAGCGGUGGCGCCGGAGGCAAGAUGGACGAUGUAACUCGUCUGGUGGACUUGUACCCUGGAAGCAGCGUUGCACCCUUCUGGGAAGAGGUAGACGGUGACUCGCCCUCCGCGCUCCUGUCGCCGCUGGAGCUCAUGCAACAGCUCGCGGAGGCAGGGUACCGCAUCAGUUACCGCCGCAUUCCCCUGUCGCGAGAGCGAACCCCCGAGGCGGCGGAUGUGGAUGCGCUGCACGCGCAGCUCGCGGACUCGGCGGCGACGGCGGCGGCGUCGCUGGCGGCGGCAGCAAUGACGGUGGAUGAUGCCGCCGACGGCGACGGUAGCGACGGCAGCGACAGCGGCGACGGCAGCCCGGCAGCUGGUAAGCCAGAGGUGAUCCACCUCAUCCUGUCACGCACACCCACGGGCUCAUCCGCGCGUUUCGUGUGCUCGCUGUUCGGAACCUACUUGUCGAGGGAGUCGACGAUGGCAGCGGCGACGCAGCACGCCGCCGCAGGCGGCGGCCUUGGCUUCGGUGUCGGCUCGCCCAUCGGCGGCUCGCCCAUUCGCUCCGCCGUCCUCGCGGCGGCAGGCGGCGCCGGCGGGUUGUCGCCGCCCAUGCCUGGCUCCGCGGGCAGCGGCAGUGGCGUGCAUGCCUCUCGCUCGCUGGACGUGUCGGCCGGGGAGUACCGCGGGAUAAUGUCGCUGUGUCGGCUGUUGCCGGGCGGGUUUGAGGCCAAGCUGGCGGUGGAUGGGGCCAUUUCGGCGGUGGCAAAGGAGGUGGGCGACAUGCUUCGGGAUAUCCAUGACUGCAAGGCGCAAGCCGAGGCGCCUGGCCCUGCCACCACUGCAGCAGCAGCAGCCACCUCAGGCGGAGGCACCGCAGUGCCGGCAGUGGCGCUGCUAGGCCCUCAGUUCGCAGCCCGACAGCUGGGACUGCACUACCUGAAGCGCUAUUUCCUGCUCGUUACCUAUAGGUGCUAUCUGGACCACGGCGCCUUCCGGAGGUGUUCCUUCGCGGAUUGGGUUCGACAGCAGCCGGAGCUGCACCACCUGGCCAAUCACCUAACGCUGGACACGUGAGGGACACGCGAGGCGGUUAGGCAGUCAACCCAAGGAAGCUAGUUGGGAUGCAUUCGGAACCGACCCAAAUCGGAAUCAUCCUCCUGGAAGCUGGGUAACCGGCCAUCUCACGCGGGUCAUGCGAGAGGCCGUUGGGGCUGAGGAUGAGGGGCUGAGGACGCAUGCGGGAGAAGAAAUUAAGGUGUUCAGCAGGAACUAGAAGCAAGCGAUGAGAGGAGCAAGGCAAGGCGCGCAAAAGCUGACCGGCAGGAUUCUGGAGAAAGUUGUAGGUGGAGAGGGAUGAGGAGGGUAUCCCCCUGGCAGGCUGCGAGCGUCCUUCGUGCGUAAAAGGAGGUUGCUGAAGGGGCGCUGCAAAUGCUGGUCGUGCUCUAGUCAAUAAGAGUAGAACUGCCAAGGUAGCGUACAUGGGCAAUCGGAAUAAUCUUCGCCUUACGCCCUCUCGCGAACGGGUUGGUUUUUUGGUCCUCUCGCGUUCGCUUUUGCACCGGGUUUACAGGUUACAUCGGUCUGCCAAGAUCACAGCAGCGGAUUUCCUUGUACCCGCAUAUGUAUGUACUUAUCAACUUCGCGGGCGCGUUGCUGUUGCCAAUAUGUUUCAGCUGAUUGAAGUCGCUGCUUACCUGCUUAAUGCCACUGUUAGACGGGUGACAGUCUUGGUUCUACAGGUAGCCGCAGGAUGUAGGGCGUCAUCGGAGAGAUGUGUUGGAACGUAGCGUGAACCAUGAAGACAGCGUAGGCUGCGGAGACAUGUUGGUUGAGGUGGAGAAUGCCCUAUCAGCUUGGUCCUAGCCAGGCCUGUAGAGGGUUGCAGAAAUGGAUACUGCGUCACUAAGCAAGUAAUUCCCUUGCCCAAGGCAGACAAUCGAUUGUCAUAUUUGUAAGUAGGCCGUAACGCCGGCAUGCAUGGACUUACCAGGAGAUCAGGCUGCGGUCAGGGAUGCGGUAGAGUUGGGUGCGUUUGGGUGUGUUCCAGGCUAGGGCAUGCCUUGACGCUUGGACGGAUGUCGAGUUCCCAAGCGGGCCCCCGAGAAUGGAACGGCGUUUUCCCUCACAGUCAGAUGGGCCGAAGCCCCUAUCUAGGUUGUCCAACUCUUGUAGUUGUAGUGGUGUCCCAUCUUUGGCUUUGAAGCCGGCUAAGGAGGAGGCGAACAUGGUGUGUACGCUGUAAUUUAUGCACCCU